UCAGCUCAUUGCGUGCAUUGUGAGUUCUCCAAUGAAACUGGUUGACUAACUCCCAAUGAAUAAUUCUCCGAAGUUAACAAUAACCAAUAAUACGCCGAGAAUAUCAGAAGUUUUUUUUUAUGCAUAAAUUUUUACGGUGAAAUUAAGUAUUUUUAUGACAGUGGUUUCUCCAAAAAACUCGUGAUUCAUUUUCUCUUUAACUGGCGUUCAUUAUUUAUGUCAGUUGGAAACAUAUGAGGGUGUUUAUUGUCUAAUUUUUAUUGUCGCAGUUAACUGACCCCGGAGAUGGCAGUGGAACCGAUUACGUCUCCCGAGCACGAGACUCCGGGUAAUCGUUUCACUCGUUACUUGUACGUGGGUAAAGAGUACCCAGUGUACCACUCAGGUUCUUGGUCAGCUGUCACGAACAUCGCCCUGGAGAAGCUGCCCUCCCUGGAGGAGCUCGCGUCUUCCCCAGAAACUGAGCUGCUGCCCCUUGAAAAAAUAAAAUCAGCUCUGUCCUUAGGACUGAUUCAACAGCCAGAGACAUUUAUUUUUGCCCUAGCAGCAUCAGCUCGCCAACAGAAGAGUGAGAAACUUCGCCGAGGAGCUUACGAGUACGUGUCUCAGCACUGCAAGAACCCAGAGCACUUCCUGCUGUUUAUCUGCUUUGCCUCGAGGCUGAGUAAACAACAGUUAAUCCCAAGACAUGGAUAUGGGCAUGGGUGGAGAUCAGCAGUGAACGAUUGGUACCUUUCCCAAGGUUCUAAAGAUUUGGCAAACAGUGUGACGAGAUACAAAAGCAGACACGGUUGGACCCACAAGGACAUCAUCAAGCUCUCGCAUCUCUCGACGAAGGGAUCACCUCCUGAUGUCCAAGCAGUCCUCAAGUACAUAGUUCUGGGCCUUGAAAAAACAAAACUGGAGUUCUCGAAUGAGUCUAAGACCCAGGAGGUUCUGGAGUUUAUCGAGAGAGUCGAGGAUUUUAGACAGUGUGACGAUCCAGUGAGAGCAGCUGCCCUCAUUCGAACCCAUCAUUACACCCUAGAGCACGUGAAUCCAGGGCUGAUGAAGUCUCCUGAUGUCUGGGAGGCCCUCAUCGACACCAUGGAUUUCCCAUUAAUCGUCCUGAAUCUCCAGAGAAUUCACAAUGCUGGACUCCUCACAGCGGGCUCUCAGCUCACCGAUAAAAUCAUCACGGCUUUUCUCAAUAAAGAUCAAGUGCUGAAGUCAAAAAUCCGUCCAUCUGAGCUGCUUCUAGCUGCUAAGAACUACGAAAAUCCUGAAGGAGUUCCCAUGCCCGUUAAGAGACGAAUUGGGAGGAAGAAUAAACUCAAGCACAAGAGAAUCUCCAGGCCUGACAAGAAAGUCAUUGAGGCCAUCUAUUCGGCGUUGAACACUUCCUUUUCCAAUGUUGAGGGCACUGGGCUGAAAUAUCUGAUAACUGUCAGCACUGGGGGAUGGAGAAAGAGCUGCCAAGUGGGACAGAUCGAGGGGAAUAUUCCCUGGGUGGUCGAGGCCGCCUGUAUCCUUGCUCUUGGGCUUCUCAGGGCUGAGGAGAAGGUCACUGUGUCAACUUUCACUGGAACUGAGGGCCUCAAUGCUCGGCCUGUUCAUAUUGAAAAGAGUGCAACCUUUCAGGAGACUGUUGAGAGGAUGAAGGCCAGGUCGACUGGACCACCCAAUCUUGGGAAACCCAUGCUGUGGGCUGCACAUCACAGGAGGAAGUACGAUGUGUUCGUUAAUGUUGUCGAUAAGAUGAGGGAGAAGUACGAUUUCACUGGGCGGGCGAUGGACCUUUAUAAGAAAAAGAUGAAUCUCCCCGGUACGAGAUUGGUUAAUUGGGUCGUGGGCUCGACGUCGACUUACAUGGAAGGUAGAAACGUCAGUGACGUUUUAACCGUCUGUGGUUUCGACGUUCACAUCCCCAGGAUCAUCGAAGCCUUCGCCAGACGCCAGUUCUAACUGCCCACUGCAAAAUAUCUAUGAUUAUCCGAAUGAUUAAUCGAUUAUUCGUCCCAUGUCGACGAUCAGCAGGUACAAAAAAAGAAGAAGCCUAAUUUUAAAAAACAAAAAUCCUGAAACCGUAGGUCGAAGAUAAUUCGAAUUACCUUCAAUCAUUCCCGACGAAACCGAUGAACAAUUUGAAUCUCUCAUUUUAUUUUUCUCUCGCGAGAAGCUUAUUAAAAUGUUCCUGAUUUUACAUAUUACUAACACUAGAGUGAAGUCUAGUACUAAGUGAUAAUAAUCCUUGCACGGUGCUGGUAGUUUCUUCAAAAUUGAAGAACUCAGCAGAACUCACCUGACAGUGAUGUCAGUAGCAAAGUGGUAAAAAGACAUAAGUGCAUUUCAAAAAAUGCUUUUCCAUGUAUGGCAUUGUAUUAUUAAUUCUGUUUUCAACGAAAAUCUCGAGAUCUACGAGGGAUAGAGCAAUUUUUGUGAGAAAUUUUAGUGAGAACUUUUUUUUAGAACUCAUCGAGACCUACAAGAAAGGUACAUACACAAAUUGCGUUAUUUUUCGCGAUAUUUUCACUAACUACCACCUCUUUAUUCCCCACUUCGCGACUGAUUUUUUUUACUGGAUUCACGGGCUGAGAAAAUUCUGCGUUCGACGCUUUCUUUUCUUUUCAUUGUCAUCACUGCAAAGAAUCAAGAAAUGUUGAUUGUUGUCAUUGUUUUAUUUUGUUCAAGUAACUUAUUAGCUCAUUAAACAGAAAAGGGCGAGGGAAUUUACCAGGGCUGGUGGAAAAUAAUUUUAAAAAAUGAUUAUUUAGUUCUUUAAAGCUAUUGAAUCUGCAGAUAAACCCCGUUCGGAAGAGAUCAUGGGAAUUCAAGGAAAUAAUUGUGAUGAACUUCUCUAAACCCGUGAGAUAAUUUUCUAGUACUAUAUAUUUUUACAAAAAUGUGUUCAUUCUAUCUUACUUUCCCCCGAAUCCCCUCUAGUAAUUAAAGUAAAGUAAUUACAAAAAAAAUCCAGCUCUGGUAGUGGCAUUCAACUAUUAAUAAUGAUAUGCAGAACACCCGUGUAACUAGACGAUAAUUGCUAGAGUAAUUAGCUUAAUCGAAGAUUUGAAACUUCAAUGAAGUGGAAAUCACAUGUAACAAGGGGAUAUGCAUUUUAUUCAUUUUGGAUAUAGUUAUUUCGCUUUCGAGUGGAUACUUUUAUACGACUUAUCAAUCACGCAAGGCCAUAAUUCAGGAUAUUACAGCAACAUGCUCAUUCCGCCAAUUUCAGGACAACAGGCCAUUGAUACAAUUUCGUGAACUAAAGUCAAUGCGCGAGUGAUGAAGAAUUAGUGAUAAAAAAAUCUCAGACAAGACAAAAACUGAUGAAAAUUCAAUAACUGUGAUAUUCAAUUAGCUCCAAAGAGUUUUUUAGACUUACAAACUCGUUCAAUUCUAUUGAUGACAUCUGGAUAGCCGAUAUCUGAAGUAACGAAAAAACACAUGACUGGGCUAAAUAAAAUAACUAAAUUAAAUACUGUUCAAAUCCUGUGAUAUUACAGUCAAAGUUUAUCGUAACCGAGGAAAACCGAAUGUUCACGGAGGCAAUCAAAAUCAUGAUAACAGCCGGAUAUAUCAAUGGAAUUAUUAUUCAAUAGAAUUGAACGACCAGGAAACUGACGAAAAACCCCAGAAAUAUCUGAACGAAAAAAUUAAUCUAAAGUAAUUGAAAAAAAAAAACAUUGUUAUUUAUGUUCCGUUUGUUGCGUAAUAACAAUAAAUUUUUACUCGUUUGUAAUGAUCAUUGAGUGUUUACACGUAUACAAAUAAAAAAAAAUCAUGUAGAAGUGGCUUUUACUUAACCAUCAAAUUGUCCCCAUUUUUACCUCGAGUUUCAGAAAUCUAAGGUCAAAUAAAUGACGUAUAAAACAAAUUACUACCAGAAGAUUUCUAAAUUUUUCUUCAUUUCCCCCAGCAAUACUUCGAAAGGAACAAACUCCCAAGUUAUUGAAAAAAUUCUUUAUUAUCGUGAUACUGUUACAUGUAAUCACAUCACACAGAUCGCAUUUACUCUCAUGUAUACAAAAGAAUGAAUGAAUGUUUACUAACAGGCUUUCACACAUGAAAUUUACCUCAUCACUCCUGAAAAGACUCACUCGAGAACAUUUCAAGUUUCGCUUCAUGAAAUAAUAUAUAAAACGUUAAUUGCAUUUAAUAAAUAAACCGAGGAA